GCAGCCAUUACAUCCUCCAUUGCCAAGCAGCCAUUACAUCCCCCAUCACCAGGCAGCCAUUACAUCCCCCAUCACCAGGCAGCCAUUACAUCCCCCAUCACCAGGCAGCCAUUACAUCCCCCCAUCACCAGGCAGUCAUUACAUCCCCAUCACCAGGCAGCCAUUACAUCCCCCAUCACCAGGCAGCCAUUACAUCCCCCAUCACCAGGCAGCCAUUACAUCCCCAUCACCAGGCAGCCACAUCCCCAUCACCAGGCAGCCAUUACAUCCCCAUCACCAGGCAGUCAUUACAUCCCAUCACCAGGCAGCCAUUACAUCCCCCAUCACCAGGCAGCCACAUCCCCCAUCACCAGGCAGCCAUUACAUCCCCCAUCACCAGGCAGCCAUUACAUCCCCCAUCACCAGGCAGCCAUUACAUCCUCCAUUGCCAAGCACAUUACAUCCCCCAUCACCAGGCAGCCAUUACAUCCCCCAUCACCAGGCAGCCAUUACAUCCCCCAUCACCAGGCAGCCAUUACAUCCCCCAUCACCAGCAGCCAUUACAUCCCCCAUCACCAGGCAGCCAUUACAUCACCCAUCACCAGCAGCCAUUACAUCCCCCAUCACCAGGCAGCCAUUACAUCCCCCAUCACCAGGCAGCCAUUACAUCACCCAUCACCAGCCAUUACAUCCUCCAUCACCAGGCAGCCAUUACAUCCCCCAUCACCAGGCAGUCAUUACAUCCUCCAUCACCAGGCAGUCAUUACAUCCUCCAUCACCAGGCAGCCAUUACAUCCUCCAUCACCAGGCAGCCAUUACAUCCCCCAUCACCAGGCAGCCAUUACAUCCCCAUCACCAGGCAGCCAUUACAUCCCCCAUCACCAGGCAGCCAUUACAUCCCCCAUCACCAGGCAGCCAUUACAUCCCCAUCACCAGGCAGCCAUUACAUCCCCCAUCACCAGGCAGCCAUUACAUCCCCAUCACCAGGCAGCUAUUACAUCCCCCAUCACCAGGCAGUUAUUACAUCCCCCAUCACCAGGCAGCCAUUACAUCCUCCAUCACCAGGCAGCCAUUACAUCCUCCAUCACCAGGCAGCCAUUAUCCCCCCAUCACCAGGCAGCCAUUACAUCCUCCAUCACCGGCAGCCAUACUCCCCCCAUCACCAGGCAGCCAUUACAUCCUCCAUCACCAGGCAGCCAUUACAUCCCCCAUCACCAGGCAGCCAUUACAUCCCCCAUCACCAGGCGCCAUUUCUCCAUCACCAGGCAGUCUACAUCCUCCAUCACCAGGCAGUCAUACAUCCCCACACCAGGCAGCCAUUACAUCCCCCAUCACCAGGCAGCCAUUACAUCCCCCAUCACCAGGCAGCCAUUACAUCCUCCAUCACCAGGCAGCCAUUACAUCCCCCAUCACCAG